AUGUUAGACGUUAACAGCGGCAGCGAAGGAAUAGCAGAAAGUUGGAAAUGUGCUGUUAAAAGCGAAGAUCGUUCAUCUGUAUCAUCUGGGAACGAGUCAGAUGAAUCUUCGGAUAUUGAUUCCCCUAUACUGACUUCAACAAAUACUAAAAAUUCUGCUGUUGAUAAGUUACCAGUAGACAAAAGUGUUGCAACAUGCAGUAGCGCAGUGCAGGCAAAUAUCAAUACGGCACAAAGGGUCCAAUCAAAAAAAAGCUGUUGUUCCAUGGAAGUUGUUAAUCCACAGAGCGAUGCAAGUCUUUUAUAUCCUACCUCUGCACUAUCAAGUGUUCCACAAGAUGUUCUCCUACAACUAAUUCAGUGCGGACAUUUGCAACUUCAUACUGAAGAAGACGGUAGUGGUCACCAAUAUGUGGCUAUUCCUUUGACUUCUUCAACUGCGAAUCUAUUAAAAGCUAGUCAGUCUUCAACAACUAGUACUGUAAACACAAAAGAUUGCUUAGAAACGCGAAAUAAAAAUGAAAUUAGCAGUUCAAAAGAUAAACAAGAAUAUCAGACAAAUACUACUUCAAGUGGAUUGGUUAUAAAACAAGAAUCAGUCUAGUUUUAGUCCCAAUACAAUAUUUAAUUAGUCCAAGUAAAUUCUUUUAACUAGAAAGAUAUUGGAUCAAGACUUUGAAAGUACUGGUAUAACGUUCCUAAAGUACUUGUCAUAUGGAAACUAUACUCUUGUUCAUCUUGUUGCAGUUAUAUUGUUCAGUUUUUAACAUG